ACAAAUACCAUUUCCCUGAUUUCUUCUUCUUUCUCUCUCUCUCUAGCUUUAGUCUCUCCAGAUGCCCAACUCCUUUACACGCCGUCGCUUCUCUAAUCUCCGCCGUCUUAGAUUCCACAUUUACUCUUACUCUCACCAUCACCCACCUCCUCUGCAUCAUCAUCAUCAUUAAUCUCUCUUUGUCUUUUUUUUGUAAACAAUGUUAGUUAUUAUUGUAGCCUCCUACGAUUCCUCUCUUCCAGAUUGAUUUCUGGGCUCUCUUUUGCUUGAUAAUGCCGGUUCCUCCUGAGAGCGGAGUCCUAGGGUUUCGUUUUCUCUUGAUUGGGUUUGUCAUGUUGGUCUUUCUUCUCAUUCGCCGGCAAUGGAGAUCUGCUGCUCUCAAGAGAGAGCAAGUUAUUCGCCUCAUUGCUUUAGCCACCGAGGAAUCCUAUCUGGCUGAUGAGGAGGUUCGAGCCACUGUUGCUGAUUACGACGGUGGUGACUCGGAUGUUUAUCGUUGCGCUGUUUGUCUUCACCCAACCUCUACUCGUUGCGCCAAGUGCAAAUCUGUUCGUUACUGUUCAAGCAAGUGUCAAAUUCUUCAUUGGCGACGAGGUCACAAGGAAGAAUGUCGAUCGCCUUCUCUUCCUGAUUACCAUGAAGAAAUGGACGAUUCUGUUCAAUCUGAUGAUGCAAAAGAGUCUAAUAAUGAACUUCCAUCUCGAGUGAAACCAUCAUCAGAGAUACUCUCCGAUGGGAUGAUUAAUGGAAUAUCUGAUGAUGUUCCCUCUACAACUAGGCCUAGUAUUCAUAAUGUGCAACCGAGAUCUCAAGCUGUGGAUUUCACUACUUCUUUGAACAAAAUGGAUCAUCUCUAUGAGGCCAGGCCACUAAGUAGGAAGAAAUCACGUUAUCGUACAGAGAAGGUUGAAUCAGCGAGAAGUUAUUCCAAAGGAAAGACUGAUGCAAAACCGCGGAAACUUGGCAAUCAAAAUUCACGUAAGUCAUGUGAUUCGGCUGAAAUGUCAAUUUCAGAUCAAUUUUUGUCAGUUGGGUAUGAAGAAGAAGUGAAUGCUCUUGGACAUGGAAGAGUUACAUCUGAACUAUCUAGUGCUUCUGCUGCAAUAUCAUCUUCAACUCUUCUCCUAUCUUCUAAACCUAAUACUAAGCCAAAAGUGUCACAAUGUUCAAGUAGUGGAUUGAAAACAUCGGUGCACAAAGUUGUUCAGCAAUUUAGACCCCUGAAAUUGUCAAAAAUAUCUCAACCUUCCAGAUCUAUUGAUGAGAUGAGCUUCUCUUAUGAGUUGUUUGUGAAACUCUACUGUGACAGAGUAGAAUUACAGCCCUUUGGCCUUGUGAACUUAGGGAAUAGUUGUUAUGCAAAUACUGUCCUUCAGUGCUUGGCAUUCACUCGGCCACUUAUAUCAUACCUUAUUCGGGGAUUACACUCUAAAACAUGUAGAAAGAAGAGUUGGUGUUUUGUUUGUGAGUUUGAAUAUUUAAUUUUAAAGGCAAGGGGUGGAGAAUCUCCUCUAUCACCUAUUAAGAUCUUAUCAAAAUUACAAAAGAUCGGGAAGCACCUUGGGCCUGGAAAGGAAGAAGAUGCACACGAGUUUUUAAGGUGUGCUGUUGAUACAAUGCAAUCUGUUUUUCUCAAAGAGGCUGAUGCAGCUGCUCCGUUUGCUGAAGAAACUACUUUAGUAGGCCUUACGUUUAGUGGAUACCUUCACUCCAAGAUUAAAUGCAUGAAAUGCCUCCACAAAUCUGAGCGAUCAGAGCUGAUGAUGGAUCUAACUGUUGAGAUUGAUGGGGAUAUAGGAAGCCUCGAAGAAGCAUUUGCGCAAUUUACAGCCUACGAAAUCCUAGAUGGAGAGAACCGUUAUUUCUGUGGGAGAUGUAAAUCUUACCAGAAAGCCAAAAAGAAAUUGAUGAUAUUGGAAGGACCCAAUAUUCUUACUGUCGUGCUGAAACGUUUUCAGUCUGAUAACUUUGGGAAGCUGAGCAAACCCAUCCAUUUUCCCGAGCUUCUUGAUAUUAGCCCGUAUAUGAGUGACCCAAAUCACGGGGAGCAUCCCGUGUAUAGUCUCUACGCAGUGGUGGUCCAUUUGGAUGCUAUGAGCACUUCAUUUUCAGGUCAUUAUGUUUGCUACAUAAAAACCCUUCAUGGAGAUUGGUUCAAAAUUGAUGACAGCAAUGUUUUCCCGGUUCAGUUAGAGACUGUAUUACUAGAAGGAGCUUACAUGCUUCUUUAUGCAAGAGACUCUCCAAGACCGCUGAGCAAGAACGGUGGUCGGAGAUCAAAGGAAAGAAGAAAUUUGGCGGCAAUUCCGUCAAGACAUGGCAACAAACAGAGAUACGGUGAUAACAGUUCGUUGCCGCGUGUGGACUCGUCAAGUGGAAGUCUAUCGUCACUGUUUAGCUCAUCGGACACAACAAGCUCAUGUAGCACAAAAGACUCAUCAGGUAUUGAGAAUUUAUCAGAUUACCUGUUUGGUGGACUUGAACCGGUUUGGAAACGGGAUCGUCGUGACACAUCUGCUCAAACGUUUUAUUGAGGUUUAAUUUUUGAGUCUGAUGGCCAUUGGCCACCAAUUUUUUACUUUGAACAAAUAAGCAAAAAAAGGAAGAAACCGUUCAUUUUUUGAAUUCAAUCAAUUGGAGCUGACGUGUACAGUUUUGACAA